AUGGCCUGCUGCUGUAAACCUGGUCGAUCAAAUAAAUCGUCCGUAAGUUGCCUGGGACGGUGUGAUCUGCCCAAACAUCACUGUUUAGAAAAACAUGACGUCAAGCCCGGUCCUAUACCAAAACAUAUGGGAUGGCUUUACACAGCCAAAGAUGCGCCUGAGCAUCAGUUGCGCUGCGGUUGGCGGCCAGGCCACAUCUCAUGUCCAGUGCUCAAACGCAUCGAGCAGCAUAAUUGUAUGAAAACAAACGAAUGCACUCCAUGCCCAUCAGCAACCUGCUCCAGGCCUUGCAGCAAGCCAUGCUGCAUGCCACCAAAAUGCGUAGCAGCAUGCCCUUCAUCCAUAUCCUGUUGCAAACAGCCUUGCACCCAACCCCUAAUACGAAUAAUUCGACAUGGCGGACAGUACACAAUAUGCACGAAACCUUCAAACGUCAGCAACGCUCCGUCAGGCCCUUAUCCACUGAAAUAUGUCCUGAACACUGAUGGUGAUGAUACGGCGAGUACAAACGUAAAGUACAGUGUAGAGGCCAAGUUCAAUGAUUACCAUUUCGACUACACCAGCUCACAAACAUCGUUUGUAUUGGACUUUUCACCCCCUGAACAAAAGUGUUACAAGCCCUGCCCGAAGAAAAGUUUAAUAUGUUUACCAUGUUAA